AUGGCUAGUAAGACAAUUAAUUCACAACAAAAGAUUGUCCAAGAUGUUAAUAAUUAUAUCGGUGAACUGCGUGGUUAUGCCAAUAUACUGAAUGCAUCAUUCAAUACAAUUUGUAGACAAUUAGGAGAAAAUACUGUGGAUAGCAUCAAGUGCAAAGAGUUACAGCUUCAAAGUUCAAUUUUACUCGUGUCUGUAGACACACAAAAAUUCGAACUGGAAUCUAGCGCUGUAAUGGUAUUUUUAAUGCGUGAUUUAAAUAUCAAUUUGAAUUCAUUAACAGAUCAACUUGAAGUGACAAAGGAUAUUUUGACGCAAAAGAAAAAUGGAGUAGUACAAACAAUGAAGUCAACAUUUAAUUUGACUGAAUACCUUCAACAGUUUACCGGUAUAUGGUCGUUACUUCGCAAAAGUUUAUUGGACAAUGUGAAAUCAUUUCUCAGUAAAGAGAAACAGCAGGAAAUUGAUAACAUUUUAACACUGACAUCUUAUCUUAUAUCUGUUAUCGGAUAUUUAUUAGUCACUCUUCUCAUGUCCUGUAUAACACUGCUGACAGUCUACUGUAUUUUGCAUACAACAGACGCAUAUGAAAGACAGCUGUUCGUCUGUCAAAUCAAUUCUAAAGACGAUCAGAGAAAAGUAUACACAUUACAAUUUUAUGGAGUGGAUGGUGCAAAAUCUGUUCUCCUCCUCGAAUUAAAUCGAACUGUUUAUCUUCCGCAUAUUAAUAAUCCAGUGCUUAUAAAGUGUAUAACUAUCACAUGUACAGUGUUGAGUCUUUGUGUAACAAUUUUAAUUCUAUCAGCUUUAUUCCUCAUACUGCCAUUGUUAAUUAUCACAGACACAGAAGUGUGUCGUUAUGCGAAUGCGGAUUCAGGAAUUGUGAUAACCGAUCUUGUACUGGAUCUUUAUCUUCAAUAUGAAUGGAUAAAUUCUUUAUUUACAAACAGGACACUUUCAAAUCAGGUGCUGAAUUUGUUAAAUUUCCCAGCACCUAAACGUGUUUAUUCAACACUAAGGAAUAAAUGUAAGCCAUCCAUACUAAAUGGUAGUCAGGCCAGUCAACGUUACGGUCUAUUGAAACUAUUGAACUACGGUGAUAUAAUCAAUUUUGAGAAGGUAUUGUAUUCGCCUGAAUUACAACAGAAGAUAAAUGAAACGGAGAAUUCAACUGUCAAUGAGAUCGUGAAAAUGGAUUUCUCUGCAUUCAUACCAUCAGAUUUGGAUAGUUUAACAACACUGGUGAGAAAAUUAUCCGUUUAUUUAGAUGGAAAAGAUUAUAAGUCUACAAUUCAAGAAAUCAAUAAAUUCACAUCACUGAAACCAAAGAUUUUGGAAUAUUUAUCAGUAAUGCGAAGCUUUGCUCAGCUUAACAAUCAGGCUAACAGCUUAAUCGAUAUAAUUAUACAGAUAAAUAAUUCACUGGUGACGUAUGAUCAGAUUUCUGCCUCUCUAAAUGCUUUAACUUCUCCUUUUGAACAACUUGAUGCCAACAGAAAUUUAACAGGGAAAUUUGAUGAAAUAUUCAAUGGAUUAAAGAAUUUUCGAAUUCUCAGUAUGGAUCCUCUGGCAUUAGAACAACCUAUUCGUCCACUGUUCCGACAAUCUGUUCAAUCCUUACUGACAAAUACAGAUAUCUUGUUAAAAUACCAAUUCAACGACGUCCUGUUUACAAAUAUUUUGCCAUGUGAUAAAUUAAACAAGCUGUUAGUAACAUUAACACAAGUAUUCUGUGAUACGACACACAGUGGUACUGGUGGUAGCAUUCUAUGCUUGGCGUGA